AUUGAAAUACCAUUGGAAACGGUACGCUGAUUGAUCUAGUUGCUAGUGAUCUGACGCUUGGAUGUAAUGACAUUUUGAUGGAAUAUAAAUCUAGCCUCCUUCGUUUGCCGCUGAAUCUUCAUUGAGAGCAGAUCUCUUCAUAUACCAUCGCAUACAAAUUAAAACACAGUCUCUUGUAUUCUGCAACAUUAAAGUCUUGCAUUCAAUGUGAAGUCUCUAGAUGAUAGUCAUUACACCUACAUUGAAUGUUCACUCGGGGAUCAUGUGAGUCAUCAUGAAUAGGACAUACAUGUAGCUGUUCAUAUUUUUGUUAGAGUGGAACGACAUUUAAAUUCUGGUGCGAACAGACAUAUAAAGUGAAUCAGACUGCAUCGAGGUGAAAUGCCUCAUAAGAUUCCUUUUAGCGUGAUCUAUGCAAGCAGUACGGAUGAGGGUUUCAACUGCAAAGAGCUGGAGAUACACAACCCGCUGGUCAAGGGGUGGGUCGGGGGACGCUUCUGCCUCUACCCGCAGGAGAUCGUGCUGCGGAUGCCGGACAAGACCAGGAUUAGAAAGCUACAACUCUUGGCCCAUCAGUUCCUCAUACCAACUAAAAUUGAGUUUUAUGUUGGAAGCCUGCCUCCUGAUCACAUCACCAGUCUAAGUGGACAAAGAUAUAAACGAUUAGGGUACAUCACCCUGUCUGACAAUGCCAAAACUAGCUUCAAAGCAAGAGAGCUAAAGUCGGUACACGUGGAUGCCGUCGGAAAGUACCUUCGAUUAGUAGUCUACAAGAACCAUGUCAACAAGCAUAAUCUCUAUAAUCAGGUUGGUUUGGUUGCGGUCAACAUCAUCGGUGAUGAGCUGGGAAAUGACAAUAAGAACGACGUGGGAGGGAAUCGUGUGAAUGACGUCAUCAACCAACACAUGCCACCGGGCUCAUCAUUCAAUGAAGAUGAUCUGGGGAGGACGGGGGAGGUGGAUCCGGUGGUCCUCGGUGCUAUCAACAAACCAGACUACAUAUCUCCUAUGGAUGACUUGGCAUUUGAUAUGUACCAAGAUCCGGAAGUGGCCAAUAUCAUCAGAAAACUAGACAACAGAAAGAACGAAGCUGUUAUUCAGGAAGAGUUUGAUCUUGCCAAGAGAUUGAAGCAGGCAGUAUCCGAUCUUCAAAAGGUUGGAGAGCGUCUAGGACGCUAUGAAGUUGAGAAGCGUCGAGCGAUCGAGACCGAGGAUUACGACCUGGCAAAGGUAAAAAAGAUACAGAUGGAAGAAUAUCGAUUACAAAUCUACAAGCAGCUGGAACUCUACGAUCUACUAGACAUCAGUAAGAAUCUUGUAUGGCCACUUAAAGAUUGGUCCAUGCAAAACAAUGAUCCCAAUACCCACCAGCAUCCUCAGAAGAGCACCGCUCCUGAUGAGGUCUCCCCCAGGAGAGAGCCCAGGAGGCAGGAGCCAACCCCAAGGGAUCAUGUUACUCCACCUCCCAACAACCAGGAGCACCACAAGUCUCCAGGAGUUAGCCCUAGAGACUCCGGAAACUUCCAGCCAGGUUCUUUCAUGUACAACGCUGAUGACAGGCCACUACCUACACUCAAAAAUUCACCUCGUCAUCCUCCCCCAGACCUGCCCCCUGUGGAGGAGCCGGAGACCGCUAGGACAGAGGAUGACACGGGAGGAGCCGCUCCAGGGGGAGGGACCCUUGGUGGGGAACAGAUUGGUGCUAUGUCAGAGAACAACAUGAGGGAGCUCGAUGCUGCGUCGGAGGUGGUAGGACGGGAUAAGGUGAUGAAGAUAUAUUCGAAGAGCUGGGCUCUGAGAGAGGAAGGAUUUGGAGAUGUCCGCUCUCAGGUAGAAGAGUUGGAAGAAGGCAAAGACAAAGAGGAGGUCCGUGCCAUGCUACGAGCGGCCAUCUUCCUGGCCACCAAGGGGCUCAAGGAUAAAGUCUUCACGGUGUUCAACAAUGCAGUGGAUCUGACCCGGUUCCUCUUCACUGAGUUCAUCCCAUCUCAUAAGAAACUUGGCAAAGGAGAAACAUCUCAGGGAGUUGAUAGGAUCUUACCAGAACUCAUGGCAAGGAUAGGUGACACGAAUGCCAAGCUGAAGACAACCGCCAUCGACUUCAUCGUGGAGAUGGCCAGCUUUCCGGAAGUGCGCCCUCUUCACACCAUCCCCACCCAUUGCCAAACGCCGUUCAAGAACAACACUCAAGCUAAGAUGGCCGUCACGCGGGUGGAGAUCGUUGAGAAGCUGAUCAAAGAGUUAGGGGUUGAUAAGAACAGUGGUAUGUCGACAUCCAGUAUCAUGAAAUUUGCAAAUCGUGGGUUAGAGCAUCCAGCUGGUAUCGUGAGAGAUGCCUCCAUCAACCUCAUCUUCGAACUCUAUAAACUCAAGGGGUCAGAGGUCAUGAACCAUCUUCCAUCCUCCGAACAGCCCUCCACCAUGAAGAACCCCCUCUAUGUCAGGAUAUAUGAUGGUUUUGAUAAGAUUGAUGGCAAACCUACCAGAGCUGAGCUUAAGGCUCAGGCGAAAGCUGCCAAGGACAACGAGAAGAAAGCUAAGAAAGCGGAGAUCGACGAGCUCCAGAACCAGCUCGCUGAACUCCGAGCCGCAGCAGCAAAGAAUGCCGAGAAGAACAACGAUAAGACUCCAGAUAAAAACGUGGCUAAGAGUGUGGACAAAGGCUCAGACAAGAAGGCUCCCUCCGAUGACAAGAACAAAUUGAAAGCCCCUCAGAACAAGAAGAUCCCACCCAGAGCCCCAAGCAUUGCUGAUGCCUCGGAGUAUGGUGAAGACAUCGACCAGCAGUGCAUCUUCUGUGGAGAGAAAGAUCCUAAGUUCAAAGAGGAGGGUCUGGAUCUCCAUUACUGGAAGUACUGCCCUAUGCUCACCAAGUGUCAAAAUUGCAAACAGGUGGUUGAGAUCUCGACAUUGACUGAGCAUAUCUUGACAGAAUGUGAGAAGAGAGCCAACUUUGCACAGUGCCCUCGUUGUUCAGAAACACAUAGCAAGGCCGACAUUGAUCGAUAUGUAUCAGAGAAACUCUGCCAGCCAUCAAAACCAGGAACGGCAAGAUGUCCAUACUGUCAUUUGAAUAUACCAGAAGGAGAGGACAGCUGGAAGAGACAUCUAAUGAGCAAAGAUGGUUGUAAAGCCAGCAAGAGAAGGGAAAGCUACUUAAAAAGAGGUAAAGCCACCCCAAGUUCAGUCCGGGAAUCCAACAAGGGCUCCAUCAAGAGCAAACCAGGAGGCAAGAAAGAGAAAGAACCCAAACCUAGAGGAGGAAAGACUCCCAGGGUCAAAUGAGAUUCAUCAGGAAAAGGACACAUGGAGAAUAAAUAUGUAGCCAAGAACAAGGGCUCCGUCACGAGAAAUCCAGAGGAGUGUUUCAUGCAAGGACCUGUUAGACAGUUAUCCAAACAAAGUCUGUUUUAUCUGACAGUUCCCAUGAAAAAAUGUGCUUCUCAGCCAAUCAAAGUUAUCAGGGGGCCUGUCUUACCAAGAGUCGCGAUUGAUCCGAUCAAUCGUGCAAAUGUGGAAAGUCAGCAAAGUCUAUAUACAAAAUGCACGUUUGUUAAAAAAAAAAACUAUAGAUAUGAAUGUAUAUCCAUAAAUUCAUUGAUUUCUUGACAAUUUGGUGUGUUU